AUGUCUGCCGAUAGCACUUCCAACAACUCCGAGCCGCAUGCCCACGAUCGGCGAGGUUCCAUCUCCCAGGCUGCCCUCACAAAUCUCUUCCAGAGGGACAACUCUGGACCCAACGGCUCUGGCUUUCCCAGCCAGGUCAACUCGCCUCUAGACAGCAACCGCCGACGCCCCUCUGUCACCACCCUGGGCCUUUCUGGUACCUCUCCCACUAGCGCCCAGCCCUUCAAUAUCCGCCGAGGCAGUGUCUCAACCAAUUCCAAUAACUCUGAGUCCAUGGACGAGAACGCCAUCGAGGAUGGUGACUUUGGCACUGCUAGAACCGCUCCCAGUACGCCCUACGCCCGGCGGAUGAGCCUCGACGGCUCCACCAUGCGACCCGUCCGCCCCGGUGACAGCGCCGGAAUCGGUGAUAAUCCAGCCUCGUCUACCUUCUUUCACCCGGCGCAUAGUGGACAGAUAUCGUCGCGCGUGGGUGCGCCGUCGCAGGAAUCCAGUAUCUCGGCCGCUCUGUCUCGCGCCGAGAGUGCCGUUACUGGGGCUCGACCCUCCUUUUCCCUCACCUCUGGCUCCCCUCCUCGCAGGAGCUCCAUCUACGAUCGAGCCACAUCCGUCUCCGACCUGUCCCAGCCUCCAUCACAGGCUGCGAUUGAGAGACCUAAGCAGCAGGAACGUCAGAAGCCCGAUACCUUCCAGGAGAGAAUUCUCAAGGGGGAUUUCUAUAUGGACUGA